AUUGACAACCCUGUACUUGUAAUUGUACAUAUUAACAUACAUAUAAUUAGUAACACAUAAGUAAAAGUUUUUGCAAGCUCGAUAUACAAUAUACAGAAAUGGCUUUGGCAAAUGUACUUUUGCUGAGUCAAAUCUCUGGCCACGUUUUGCUACUCAUACUAUCGUUAUGCAUUGUGCUGCCGCUAUCCAUUAAUCUCAGUCAGUUUUGCGGACACUGCUUACUCUUCACGACAGGCAAAUGGCGAGUGUCGGACGGCAUGUUCGAUGUGCACUGGGCGUCUGACGGAUUUUGCACGUUUCCAUUGAUCACUGGCGUCUUUCUCUUCACCAUCUCUCUGGUGCAAAUCUAUCGGUAUGUGCGUAUGAAGGAUGAAGAGUCUUUUAUUGCGCUCUUUGUUGACGUUGUGCUUGGGAUUUGGAUGCUGGCAAUGUCAAUUCUAUCCGCAAUUUUUAUAACAUUGGGUUUCAUUGUCUGGUGCGACGGAAUAUCGGAACGUUUUCCAUCGUGUGAGACUGCGGCUGGACAGAACAUUAUACUGGGUGAUAAGGAGAAAAUUAAUACAUCGGGAUUCUACAUUGAAAUGGGCACAACACAGUUUGGCGCAUGGGGAGCAUUUGCCAUUUCAGUGGGAAUUGGAGUCAUCGCGCUGCUAAAACUUAUUCACAACCACCAGGUGCGCAACAUUAAGGUAUCCAUGUAUCUGGAACGUCAACGCUUGGUCAAUCAGCAACAAUUCGAUGGGCGCUCAACGCCGCCGCUUGCAUCGGGAGCUACUUCUGACUCCGACCAGAAUAAAUAGUUCGUUGCGUCAGCAAUUCGUUAUGCUUUGUGUUUUUCUCAUGUUGUGCAUAAUAAAAUAAUAUUAUGCCAUUUAA